GCAUUUGCAUUUGCAUUUGCAUGUGCAUUUGGGUUUCAUUUGGAGAGUGCUGAAUUGGAAGAUAAGAAGAGAAAAGGAGAGCGGGGAUGCGGAGGAGCGGGAGGCAGCGUCGUUCGUGGGCUCGUCUUUUUGACCCGACAGGCUUAAGAAAAGAAAAAAGAGAGAGAAAAGUCUCUCUCUCUCUCUCUCUGCUUAAAGUAAAGCAGAGGCUGCGUUCGUCGACCAGCUCCGCCUGUCUUCCUUCUUCUCUCUUUCUCCGGGUUGAAGCAGUUGAGUGGUUCUGAAAGGGAACUUUUUUCCGCUAUGGGGAGUGAAUUUCAUAAUAAGUUAUCAGUUUUGCUUGAAUUAUCAGCAUCGGAUGACCUGAUUGGCUUCAGAAGCGCUGUUGAAGGAGAGGGUCACGAUGUUGAUGAGGCAGGCUUGUGGUAUGGGAGGAGACUAGGCUCAAAGAAGAUGGGGUUUGAGGAGAGGACACCCCUCAUGAUUGCUGCCAUGUUUGGUAGCAAGCAAGUAUUGAAUUAUAUUCUUGAAACAGGUAAUAUAGAUGUUAAUAGGGCUAGUGAAUCAGACGGUACCACAGCUCUCCACUGUGCAGUGGCUGGUGGCUCAAUCUCUUCGCCUGAGGUUACUAAGGUCUUGCUUGAUGCUUCUGCUGAUGCUAAUUCCAUUGAUUCUAAUGGAAACCAACCCGCCGACUUGAUCAUCCCUGCUCUGAAUUUGAGCUUCAAUUCACGAAGGAAAACCUUGGAGGUUCUGCUGAAAGGAAGCAGUGGUAUUGGAGACGUGUGUUUUUCUUUGGAAGAACAGCAGCCACGUAUUGCGAUGCAGCAGAGUUCAAAGGAUGGGACGGAGAAGAAAGAGUACCCCAUUGAUCUCUCCCUCCCGGACAUAAAGAACGGGAUAUACGGGACAGAUGAGUUUAGGAUGUACACAUUCAAGGUGAAGCCUUGCUCCAGGGCCUAUUCUCAUGAUUGGACAGAAUGCCCGUUCGUCCACCCAGGGGAAAAUGCAAGGCGACGUGAUCCACGAAAAUAUCAUUACAGUUGUGUCCCAUGCCCAGAGUUUCGGAAAGGGUCAUGCCGACAAGGGGAUGCCUGUGAAUAUGCACAUGGGAUUUUUGAGUGCUGGCUUCAUCCUGCUCAGUAUCGAACUCGUCUCUGCAAGGAUGAAACUGGGUGCACCAGAAGAGUUUGUUUCUUUGCUCAUAAGUCUGAGGAGCUUCGUCCGGUGUGCCCUUCUACAGGUUCUGCUGCGCCUUCGCCCCGAUCAUUCUCAGCCAGUGCUGCUUCUCUGGACAUGGGAUCAAUAAGCCCACUUGCUCUAGGUUCUCCAUCUGUGUUAAUGCCGCCUUCAUCAACUCCACCCAUGACUCCAACAGGAACCUCUUCUCCUAUGGGUGGAGCUCUUUGGCAGAAUCAGCCUAAUCUUGUGCCCCCCACCUUGCAACUCCCAGGCAGCAGAUUGAAAUCUGCCCUAAGUGCUAGGGAUAUGGAUUUGGAUGUUGAUUUACUUGGGCUGGAAAGUCAUCGUCGGAGGCAGCAGUUGAUGGAUGAGAUAUCUGGUCUCUCCUCCCCAUCCAGCUGGAACAGCCCUAUUGGUGCAGCUUCUGCUUUUGUUGCUUCUGGAGAUCAUCGAUCUGGGGAAUUCACCAGGCUUGGAGGGGUGAAGCCUACUAACCUUGAAGAUAUUUUUGGAUCUCUCGAUCCUGCCCUUUUACCUCAAUUGCAGGGACUCUCACUGGAUGCUGCUGCCACACAGUUGCAGCCUCCAAAUGGACUCCAUAUGCGACAAAACAUGAAUCAGCAGCUUCGCUCAAGCUACCCCACCAGCCUCUCAUCUUCCCCAGCUCGGGCAUCAGUAUCAUUUGGGGUUGAUGCAUCUGGGAUGGCAGCUGCUAUGGUUUUGAGCUCGAGAUCAGCUGCCUUUGCAAAGAGGAGCCAGAGCUUCGUGGAGCGAAGUGCAGCAAACCGUCACUCUGGGCUUUCUUCUGCUUCUACCACCAUAGUGCCUCCUACCCUUUCAGGUUGGGGCUCCCCUGAUGGAAAAUUGGACUGGGGCAUCCAGGGAGAAGAGUUGAAUAAGCUGAGAAAAUCUGCUUCCUUUGGGAUCCGAAGCAGUGGCAGCAGUCUUGCUGCGGGUGCAGCUGUCCCAAUGCAAACAACUGAAGAUGGGCCAGAUGUGUCUUGGGUUCAACCCUUGGUUAAGGAUGCCCCGCCUGUAAAACCUGGCCAGCUUGGUCUUGAGGAGCAGCUGCAGUAUCAUCUCAACAGUGGGGGCACGGGGGCACUUCCACCUUGGCUGGAGCAGUUGUACAAAGAGCAGGAACAAAUGGUGGCUUAAAAAAGCAACAUUAGCCUCCAUACUUUGUUCCUCAUUUGACAUUUUAACAAGCAUGUUCGUUAUUUUUUGAAUUUUUGUUACUAUUAUUCACCGUAUGUAGGUGGAAGGAAAUGGACAGAGCACAACACACAACACAGCGAAAGGGGAGGAGACAUAGAAACCCAGCAGGUCCGAGAAGAAUUAUGCUUCGUACCAUUGUUAGGUAUUUUUAGCAUUAUGGAAUUUCUGUUUAUCUCACCUGGCGUAGAGUAAUUAAAUUCAUUUCGAGUUGAAAUGUGACAUUAGCCUGAUCUUUUGAGCACGAGCCUGAAGAUGGGAUCAGUUCAAAGCGGCUAUAUAACUUGAAUGUGGAAGUGAAAAUUUGCAAGCCUACCAUUUUCAUUGGUUAAUUAUUAUAUUUUGUACUGUAUUGUAAUGUUUUUUCUUUUGAAGGAGGGGGAGCAAAUUGAUGUUUGUGAACUUUAUAUGUAUGUACUACAGGCUGUUAAAUUGAUUCCUCAAUCAUGUUCUUGUAUCAAA